AUGUCUCGCAAGACAGUACUCAUCACCGGCUGUUCAGCCGGCGGCAUCGGGGCUGCCCUAGCUCAUGCCCUGGCCAAACGUGGCCACCAAGUCUUUGCGACAGCGCGGAACACCUCCAAGAUCCCCUCCACGCUCACGUCCCUUCCCAACGUGACAACGCUGCAGCUGGACGUGACGUCCGCGUCUUCUGUCUCCGAGGCCGCCCAGGCCGUGGCCGCAGCGACGCAGGACCAAGGAACUAGGGGACUGGACGUGCUGGUUAACAAUGCUGGCGCUGGUUACACGAUGCCGCUUCUAGACGCAGAUUUGGAUGAUGCCCAGAGACUCUACGAGGUCAACGUCUGGGGAGCACUGAGGACUGUCCAAGCGAUCGCUGCCUUGUUGAUUGAGAAGGGCGGACGUGUGGUCAAUGUGAGUAGUAUGGGCGGGGCGCUUCAUACGCCAUGGGUCGGGAUCUACUCUUCCUCCAAGGCGGCCCUGACGAACCUCUCCGAGACCCUCCGCCUCGAACUUGCGCCCUUCGGCGUCUCCGUCGUCACGCUCAUGGUGGGCCUCAUCUCGACACCUUUCCGCACGAACCAGCCUGCGUUCAUCUUGCCCCCUACCUCUCGCUACGCCGCCAUCAAGGAUACCAUCGCCCGCUGGGCGUCCGGCGAGGCCGGCCCGAAGGGUUGCUCGGCCGAGGAGUUCGCAGAAUCGGUGCUGGAUGAUGUCGUCGGCAGCGGGAAGGGAGGACAGCUCUGGAAGGGCCCGAAAAGCGGCGCUGCCAAGUUUGUUUCCAAAUGGGUGCCGGCGUCGAUGGUGGACGGUUUGUUGACCAAUCAAAAUGGCCUGGAUGAGCUGGCCAAGUGUGUCAAAAAGGGCCAUGAGUAA